AUUUGUUAAUUGGUAUUAGCCAAAGCAUUCGGAUCCCAACUUCCAGUUUCUAGGGUUUCCAAUCUCCGAUCACCACCAAUCCCGAAAUCCAUGGCGAUGGCUGCUCUCAGACGAGAAGGGAGGCGUUUCGCCCCUUUGAUCUCUCCCCAUCCGAUGGCCGCCGUCCGAUCCUCCAUCAUCCCAGCCGAGGAACAAGUACCUUUGGGAGUGCGCUCAAUUUCAACUCAAAUUGUUAGAAACCGGAUGAAGAGUGUGAAGAAUAUCCAGAAGAUCACAAAGGCAAUGAAGAUGGUUGCAGCCUCAAAGCUCCGAGCAAUUCAAGUUAAAGCUGAAAAUUCUCGUGGCCUGUGGCAGCCUUUCACAGCACUUCUUGGCGACACUCCCAGCGUCAGCGUUAAGAAGGAUGUUAUUAUUACCAUCUCUUCAGACAAAGGUUUAUGUGGUGGAAUUAACUCUACCUCAGUCAAGAUAAGCAAGGCCUUGCACAAGUUGAACGCUGGUCCUGAAAAACAGACAAAAUAUGUCAUUUUGGGGGAAAAAGCAAAGGCUCAGUUGAUUCGUGACUCUAAGAAGGACAUUGAGCUAUGCAUAACUGAGUUGCAGAAGAACCCUUUGAACUACACCCAGGUAUCUGUCAUAGCUGAUGACAUUUUGAAAAAUGUUGAGUUUGAUGCUUUGAGAAUCGUCUUCAACAAGUUUCAGUCAGUCGUCUCAUUUCUGCCAACUGUGUCUACAGUAUUAUCUCCCGAGAUUGUGGAGAGAGAGUCUGAAGCUGGUGGAAAGCUUGGCGACCUAGAUUCCUAUGAGAUUGAAGGUGGUGAGACAAAGUCAGAGAUACUUCAGAAUUUGGCAGAGUUCCAAUUUUCAUGUGUCUUGUUCAAUGCGGUAUUGGAGAAUGCUUGCAGUGAGCAAGGAGCAAGGAUGUCUGCCAUGGACAGCUCAAGCAGAAAUGCUGGAGAGAUGCUUGAUCGCCUCACACUCACUUAUAACAGAACUCGUCAAGCAUCUAUUACAACCGAAUUGAUUGAGAUUAUAUCAGGUGCAUCAGCACUGGAGGGUUAAGCUUAUCUGAUGGUGACGAAAUAAAAAUGUGUUUUUGAAGUUGAAGAUGUUACCUUCGAGAGGUAUUUUGCUACUUUUCUAAUAAUUACUCCAGGUUCAAAUUCUGGGAUAUAUCAAUGAAGGUUUAAAUUGAUGGUUCUGGGCUUCCUUUCUUCUUUUUAAGUUCCGCACUGCAUGUCAAAAAUUCAUCUUAAACGAGUGAGGAUUGUAUACAUUGUAACAGUUCAUUUUCUUCGAAGUAUGUUUCAUGCUUUCUCUUCU